CCGGCCAAAAAUGACAGUCUGUCGGAGAAGUGGUCCAUCGGCAAACACACUCAGCUCAGCCCCACCGAUGCGUUCGGCACUAUUGAGUUCCAGGGAGGAGGACACUCCAACAAAGCCAUGUAUGUGCGAGUGUCUUAUGACACCAAGCCGGACCUGCUGCUGCACCUGAUGACCAAAGAGUGGCAGCUGGAGCUACCCAAACUACUCAUCUCGGUCCACGGGGGGCUGCAGAAUUUUGAAUUGCAACCCAAACUCAAGCAGGUCUUCGGCAAAGGGCUCAUCAAGGCUGCAAUGACCACCGGAGCCUGGAUCUUCACUGGAGGGGUCAAUACAGGAGUCAUUCGACAUGUGGGUGAUGCACUAAAAGACCACGCCUCCAAGUCCAGGGGCAAGAUCUGCACCAUUGGAAUUGCUCCGUGGGGCAUUGUGGAAAAUCAGGAGGAUCUCGUUGGCAAAGAUGUGGUGCGUCCGUACCAGACCAUGUCCAACCCGAUGAGCAAGCUGACAGUUUUGAACAGUCUCCACUCACACUUCAUCCUAGCCGACAAUGGCACCACGGGGAAGUACGGCGCCGAGGUCAAACUGCGGCGACAGUUAGAGAAACACAUCUCCUUACAGAAGAUCAACACGCGUAUUGGUCAGGGGGUGCCAGUGGUGGCUCUCAUUGUGGAAGGAGGCCCUAAUGUGAUCUCCAUCGUGCUGGAGUACCUCAGGGACACCCCGCCGGUCCCUGUGGUGGUGUGUGACGGCAGCGGCAGAGCCUCAGACAUCUUGGCAUUUGGUCACAAAUACUCUGAGGAGGGAGGCAUAAUUAAUGAGUCUCUGAGAGACCAGUUGCUGGUGACCAUCCAGAAAACCUUCACCUACAGCCGCACUCAGGCGCAACAUCUCUUCAUCAUCCUCAUGGAGUGCAUGAAAAAGAAGGAGCUGAUAACAGUCUUUCGAAUGGGGUCCGAGGGUCAUCAGGACAUUGACCUCGCCAUCCUCACUGCACUACUAAAAGGUGCCAACGCUUCAGCUCCUGACCAGCUGAGUUUGGCUCUUGCAUGGAACAGAGUUGAUAUCGCCCGCAGUCAGAUCUUCAUCUAUGGACAGCAGUGGCCUGUCGGUUCCCUGGAGCAAGCCAUGUUGGACGCUUUAGUUCUGGACCGGGUGGACUUUGUCAAGCUUCUGAUUGAAAACGGAGUCAGUAUGCACCGUUUUCUCACGUUGUCCAGGCUGGAGGAGCUCUACAACACGAGACACGGCCCGUCCAACACACUUUACCAUCUUGUCAGGGAUGUCAAAAAGCGAGAAUAUCCAGGGUUCAGUUGGAUCUACUUCAAGGGAAACCUGCCCCCAGACUACCGCAUCAGCCUCAUCGACAUCGGAUUGGUCAUUGAAUACCUAAUGGGUGGGGCUUAUCGUUGUAACUACACCAGGAAGAGAUUCAGGACUCUGUACCACAACCUUUUUGGACCCAAAAGGCCUAAAGCCUUGAAACUGCUGGGGAUGGAGGACGACAUGCCGAUCCGUAGAGGCCGCCAGAAAACGACACGCAAGCGAGAAGAGGAGGUGGAUAUCGAUUUGGACGACCCCGAAAUCAACCACUUCCCUUUCCCCUUCCACGAGCUGAUGGUGUGGGCCGUCCUGAUGAAGCGGCAGAAGAUGGCGCUCUUCUUUUGGCAGCACGGCGAAGAGGCCAUGGCCAAAGCCUUGGUGGCGUGCAAACUCUGUAAGGCCAUGGCGCACGAGGCGUCCGAGAACGACAUGGUGGACGACAUCUCGCAGGAGCUGAACCACAACUCCAGAGAGUUUGGCCAGUUGGCAGUGGAACUUCUGGACCAGUCCUAUAAACAGGACGAGCAGAUGGCCAUGAAACUCCUGACGUACGAGCUGAAGAACUGGAGUAACGCCACCUGUCUGCAGCUGGCGGUAGCUGCCAAGCAUCGGGAUUUCAUCGCACACACCUGCAGUCAGAUGUUGCUGACAGACAUGUGGAUGGGACGCCUGCGCAUGCGCAAGAACUCGGGAUUAAAGGUGAUCCUGGGUCUCCUCCUGCCGCCGUCUAUCCUGAGCCUGGAGUUCAAGAACAAGGACGAGAUGUCGUACAUGCCUCAGGACCAGGAGGCCUACUUGCAGGAGAAGGAGGAAGAAGAGCCCGAGAAGCCUGUCAAGGAGAAGGAGGAGGAAGACAUGGAGUUCACAGUAAGAUCUUACUGUGAGGCGCAGUACAACUCCGUGGCCAUGCUGGGGAAGGUAGCCACGGAGACAUCCAGGAAAAAGGACGUUGAGGAAGUUCAGAACCGCCACCGCCUCAUCCCCAUGGGACGCAAGAUUUACGAGUUUUACAACGCUCCCAUCGUCAAGUUCUGGUUCCAUACGAUGGCCUACGUGGGCUACCUAAUGUUGUUCAACUACAUUGUCCUGGUCAAGAUGGACCUGUGGCCUUCCCUUCAAGAGUGGAUUGUCAUCGCUUACAUCUUCACAAAUGGCAUUGAGAAGAUGAGAGAGAUCCUUAUGUCAGAGCCAGGGAAGUUGUUACAGAAGGUCAAGGAUCCCCCGCUCAUGAGCUAUGGACGGGUCAUCUAUUGCGUCAACAUCAUCUACUGGUACAUCCGGCUGCUCGACAUCUUUGGUGUCAACAAGUACCUGGGUCCCUAUGUGAUGAUGAUUGGCAAGAUGAUGAUCGACAUGAUGUACUUUGUGAUCAUCAUGUUAGUGGUGCUCAUGAGCUUUGGGGUGGCGCGGCAGGCCAUCCUCAACCCCAACGAAGAUCCGUCCUGGAUGCUGGCACGGAACAUCUUCUUCAUGCCGUACUGGAUGAUCUACGGCGAGGUGUUUGCUGACCAAAUUGACCCUCCCUGUGGGCAGAACAUCACCACUGAGGAUGGAGUGGUGGUCGCUUUGCCUCCAUGUAAAACGGGCGCCUGGAUUGUGCCGGCCAUCAUGGCCUGCUAUCUGCUGGUGGCCAACAUACUGCUGGUCAACCUCCUCAUCGCUGUGUUCAACAAUACAUUCUUCGAGGUAAAGUCCAUCUCCAACCAGGUUUGGAAGUUCCAGCGCUACCAGCUCAUCAUGACCUUCCACGAGCGUCCAGUCCUUCCUCCUCCCCUCAUCAUCUUUAGCCACAUCACCAUGGUGCUCAAGCACCUGUGUUGUCGCUGGCGCAAGCACGACGAUGACGAGAGGGACUACGGACUGAAGCUUUUCAUCACAGAAGACGAGUUAAAGAAGGUGCACGACUUUGAAGAGCAGUGUAUCGAAGAAUAUUUCAGAGAGAAGGAUGACCGAUUCCACUCAUCUAAUGACGAAAGGAUCAGAGUCACUUCUGAAAGGGUGGAGAACAUGGCGAUGCGUCUUGAGGAAGUGAACGAGAGGGAGCACUUCAUGAAGGCCUCGUUGCAGACGGUUGACAUCCGCCUAGCGCAAAUGGAGGAGCUGAUCGGACGAAUUGCGGUGGCCAUGGAGCGCGUAACGGGUGUCGAACGCGGAGAAGUCAACAAAGUUCGAUCUCGGACGUCGUCUGACUGUACCGACUCGGCGUACAUUCUCCGCCAAGGGGAGUGUCCAGACGCGGCUUACAUUCUUCGCCAAAGCAGCUUCAAUAGCACCGAAGGGAAUGCAUACCGCCUGCAGGAGGCGCUCGAGUGCACCGCCGAGGGCUCCAUGUCCCCACCGUCUCCCACCGGCAUGGCAUCACGUACGAGAAGCCAUUCGUUUUAUGUCAGAGCCGGACGUGGCGGGGAACGGGCGAGUGGCACUGAACGGGCGGACAGCUUCUUCAAAGAGCGUUCGCUUAGUCUCCAUCGAGCCAACAGCUCGCAAUCUGUGUCGUCUUCUGCCGCCACCAAAGAGUCUAAGCCCCUCCCCCUGGCGACGCUGUCAGUCUCCCAGCAGCACCGUCCAUCGUCAUGCAUCGAUAUCUAUGUCUCCACUUCUGAGGAGGUGGCACCCGCAGAGGUUUUUCUGAAUCCGCUGCGCGUGGUCCCGCCCCUCCAGAGAGAAGCGUCUGUACAGUCUGACAUCGUCGAGGCGGUGCUGCCGGGAGGCCGGGACUUCAGCAGCGCCACCACCAGCGGUUUGGGCGACAGGCACUCGGAGGCCGGCGCGGGCAGCGGCGGGACAGGCGCAACCAUGUUUGACGACAGCGCGGCGGCUGAUUUGUCCUUGUGUUCGGCCCACCUGUUACCUGAUACCGCCAUUCCCCCUUGGGACGCAGACCCGUCGCCUCCCCCCUCGGCUGGACCGCUGGAGCGCUCGAAGAGCAGCCGCCUCCUUUCCACAGUGGGCACGUCAUUCCUGGAAGAGCCUCCUUUGGUCAAGUCCCAUAGCCUCAUGCUCACGGCAAGGAGCUGUUAUGGCGGAGUGGUUGCGGGCGUCCAGGUAAAAGCUGCGGAGUACACCAGCAUCACUGACUGCAUCGACACACGCUGUGUCUCCUCACCUUACACCCCCGUAGAACGCUCGCACUCCCCCGGAGGUUCCACCUCGUUCCCUUUCGAUAAGCCCUCGGACAUCGGGUCCUCUCAUCCAGAGAGAGAGGCCGAGCUCAGUCAAACCGAGUCUGAUCCGGAGGACCCCGAGGACCUGAAUCCAGUCCCUGACACCCCUCGGCUGGGGACCCUAAGCGGACCCGGCGGGGCCCCUCUCUGCGUCCCCUUCUCCAGGCUGGAGCGAGCAAACAGCUGUUCUUCAGACGACUCCCAUCCUUCGCUCACGCUGGCCCCUCCGCACAGGAAGAGCCUGUCGGUGAGUGAGAGGAUGGAGAGGGGACCGGGUCUGGGCGCAGACAGGGGGCCUGGGCCCGGGGGUCGGGGUCUGGCAGGAACCAGAAACCCUUUCCUCAGGAGCAAGUCCGGGGCACGGCCUGACGCAGCCAACACGGACAGCCUGUCCAUGAGAAAGCUGGCCGCUCCCUCAGCAUUCCGCAGCUUCGAUAGACAGAACUACACGUGACAAGACACACAUCGCACACUCACGCAUUCUGGAAGGGAAGGGGAAGUAGGGGAAGCACGGAGUCGGGACAAUCUUGCCCUUAGAUUUCCACCUGAACCAGAUCUUUAGUGCAGUCAGUAUCAGCACCUGGAGUGUGUGAGCGGGUCCUUCUGUACACCUGUUAAAAAACAAAGAGCUAUGAAUUUAGGUUAGGUUUACCUCUUCCACUCAUGUAGCUAAUUGACCUUUCAGUGGAAGCUGUGUUUGUGCCGUACGUCUUCCACACGCCACCUUUGCAUCAUCUUUACGUGUCACGGAAGAAAGAAACUAGAGCUCCAAAGGUAAGACAAAGAUAAGGACGUAAUAAUUUUAAAACCUGAAUAUAUAUGGUAUUUUCUCUUAGCAUCGUGUUCCUUUUAUAACGCAGCACUAUGUCGCUGUCAUGGCAACCAAAAUGGGACAACUUUAUGACAUGAUUUGUGUCAAGUCACACCUGUCAGCAAUCUGCGUGUGCGGUGAUUCAAGCAGUAAACGCAAGGACAGAUGGCCACGUGAUAAGAGCAAAAAAAAAAAACUUGUGUGUAAGGCGGUGUGGGGGGAAAAAAGGCGGGGGGGGGGGCGACAUGACACUCUGUCUUCAUUUGAUCACACUGGCCGCCUCUUCACCUGCAAGCAUAAUGACUUCGGCCCAAAGAGAUUUGUUGUUUUUUUCACAACUUGCGCCUCCUCCCUCCGUCCUCUGUCAUUGUUUGACCUUUGCUUUCAUUUAACUGGACAUAUUUUUCAAGUUUGCAAUUAUCACUGGACUGAGUCUAGGUCAAAUGACAUCACCUUAUAUUAAUUACACAACGACAUUCCCAUAAACUGUUGUUCAGUCCUUGUUCUUGAGUUUGAAUUGGACUUUAUUAUUGUGUCCACCCGAUUUACAUUAGUUUUCCAAAAUACUUUGAAUGGAAAAGUUUCAUUUCCAGUUUUCAUUCAAAAAUUGUAGAUUUCGAGUGCACAAUUUAAAGAAUUUCAAGUAUGUAUUUGUUUAUUUUUAUGUAAUGUAGUUUAGGCUUCCGCCUCAUAAAACCCACAAAAUCAGGAAUUCCAAAAACCACAAUAAUGAUAUUCUUCUCCACGAUAUUCUUUUUUUUGAAUAGGUUCUGUACAUCUACACUGCGUACAAGACCACCUCUAGCUUUGUUUUUAACAUCAUAAGACAAGGAUAUCACACACACACACACACACACACACACACACACACAAAACUACUGCAUGAACCAAGAAAGAAUCUACUACAGGGGUCCUGCUGUUCCUUAAAGAGUCUUAUAUUUUGAGAUUUAGGACCUUAGUUAUUCUUAAAAAUGACAAUCCUCAAAUUAUUUUUUUUCCUCAUAAAAAAUGCUCUCCAGCCUGUUGUAGAGUUUGGAAAUAAUGUUUUAUUUGUGAAAUGUAAUACCGUAAUGUCCCACAGCAAUGUUUUGGAGAUUUAUCUUCAUCACUGUCAAACCUAAUGCGGAUAAGACAUAGAAGUAGGACAGAUGGAUUUUGUCAGCUAUAAAUAAAGGUGGCUUUAGGUAGUUUGCAUUAAUAAUAAAUACAUGCCAUAGCUGCCAGUUGCAUUCAUUGUAAAAUGUCCAGUACUUAUUUAGUAAUUCAAAAUCAUGAUCGCAAGCUUUUUCAAAUAUUAAUUCAUUUAUCUUAUACAGAACUCCGCUUAUCCUCACCAGGGUCGCGGGGUUGGUGGAGCCUAUCCCAGCCGUUUUUUGGCAGUAGGCGGGGUACACACUGAGAUGAUCGCCAGCCAAUCGCAGGGCACAUAGAAACAACCAACCAUUCCCACUCUUUAGUGACAUUACAGCUAACUGCUAGUAAAUGAUUGGAAAAAAGAAAUAAAUCUGCAAAAGUGAUUCGCGUGCACUUACGUGAAAGUGCCUUCCAACCACCACCACAUAGAUUGAGCUUUGAUGUGGGAUCAGAGGGACGUGACACAAUUUCGGGGAGAAUCUUGAAAGGUUUGCUCGAAGUACAGUACAGUACAAACUUCUGCCAAGGUUUGCAUGCAUGUGGCUCAUACCUCUGGUUGACUUAGGUGAUACCGCAAAGACCCGACUCAUCAGUUUUUAGUUCUGGACAACUGCAAAAGUAUAGAAAGUCCCAUAAGCAGAUUCUCUUUUUUUUUAUGUAAAGGGCUCUUUUAAAGACGUUAAUUCUACGUGGAUCAGUACAUAACUAUAAAUAUUCAGUUCAUAUUCAGGCCAAUA